AUGGCCCAUUCAAGUGUUUUGUGCGAGGAGAUCAAGUUUUCAGCCAGCUUGGAGGACUCGUGGCUUCCAUCCGAGCCACUAGAGGACUUCCCGUGGGUAGCCUCUCUGUCCGACACGUCUUUUCUAUUGCCUACUGAGGAUGAUUUAGACCCACAAGAAAAAGUUAUUGAUUAUAGUAGUACGCCGCAGGAUUUCGCUGUCUCCUGCUGUGCCCAUACUACUCAGCUCCCAGCUGAUCUUAUUGACUUUGUCACAUCGUACGCAUUCUCUAGUAAGGCUUCCCCCAGUUAUGCCCCUCAAAUUUCCCAUUUGCCCGUGCGGCUAAACCGCGAUAUUCUCCCUAUUAAGAAGCCCAAAACGAAAAUUCCAAUACACUCUUCCCCCAUAAAAACCCAUGUCGAAUCCCAGCAGGCGUUUAAUGCUCCCCGGAGGCGCAAAAAUGUCGACAGGGAGCAGCAGUUAAAAAAACGCCAGCUUAAUCGUGAUGCAGCUUUCCGCUAUCGUCAAAAGAUGAAGGAGAGUCAUACUGCUCUUUGCAAGGAUCUCUCGGAAUCGAUCGAAGCUUUUAAAAGAGCUCGGAAAGAAUACGAGCGGGCUCGCGAUGCGUUUGAUGCCCUGAAGAGGGUUGUUUUGGACAUCGAGGUUCCUGAUCUCAAGUCUGUGUACGAAUCGCGUCCCACUUUUUUCUAA